CUUUUGAAAAUACCUAACUUGUUUCUAGUCCCUAAUCUUGUGAUUCGUAAAGAAAAUUUUUUUAAAAGCAGUCAAUAGUUUUGAGAAUUAUUUUAGCAAAAUAACAUCAGAACACCAUGGGAGCACUACCAAUCAUCAUUUGUACAGCCAUUUUUGGUGUUGUUGGCAUCGUCCUUCCAUUCGUAGCACCUAAAGGUCCAAACAGAGGAAUCGUGCAGUGCGUUUUAAUCUUGACUGGAGUGACGUGCUGGUUGUUCUGGUUGUGUUGUUAUAUGGCGCAAAUGAAUCCAUUGAUUGGUCCCAAACUUCAUCAAAAUACAAUUCUUAUCAUGGCUAGGGAAUGGGGUGGUCCUCUUAUUGAUGAUGGAUGGACACCAAAAGAAGAAGAACAUUAAAUGUAUAUUUAAAUCAAUAUUCGUUGUAAUCAUUUUAAUGUGGAGAAGAUAAGAAAACUGUAAAUUGUGAAGAGUAUUAUCUAAAUGUAUCGUGCAAAAAAUGAUCAACCUAAUCAUGAAAACAAUUCCAUAAAAUUUGAUCCAAAUUUAUUGUUAAAGUAAAGCAUGUAUAAAUAUCAAGUUAAAUAAAAGACGAUUAAUUAAACUA